CCAAUGAAAAGCGGCCCCUGUGAUAAGGUGCAUCGUCAUGAGACGCGAUUCUGACGUAUUUCCGCUUAUUAGAGACACGGAAGUGCUGUGUUUGUCCUGAUGUUGCUAAUAAAGUUUAGGUUGAAAAUACAAGUAGUAACAGGAAGUAAUUCUCACAGACGGUUUCGUUUCUGGUUCCGAAGUCUCUGACAGUAGCGCUGCGCUCUACCGGACCCUUACCCGUCGGGCCCACUGCUGACGGUACCGACGAACCAGAACCGAGUCCGAACCACGAAACGUUGAUACAUCGUUGCUUCUGCCGCACAGCCUGAUGGGUAAAAUGGUAACAGCGCAGCGGCGGUGAUUGGUGGAGACAGCUGGUCAAGGUGAGCGGCGGCAGGUUCGACCAAGCCCGGUUCUGCAUCCGCUCCCGUAGAACCUGAAGGUCCAGUUCAGAACAACGGCAAAGGAGGAGGGCUCAGACUGGAAUCAUCAGAACCAGGGGAAAAUGGUUCUGAUGGACUUUAGACUGAAGAACCAACAGAACCGGCCGGAUCCACAUCCGUAGGUCCUGGACGGGCCGGUUCUGUUGGUAUCACCAACUGAGUCCGAACCAGGUUUGGUUCAUUUCUUGCAUAAGUUUAACCGGGCCGAGCCAGAACCAGAACUCUACAGACAGUACUCUCUCUGUCCCGCAGACAUGUCCCUGUCGGCCCAGAGGGACCGGGUCCAGAGGCAGGUGGAGGAGCUGGAGCGCAGCCUGGCUGUGACCCGGGAUGAGCUGGACCUGCUGAGCAGUGAGACAGAUGAUGGAUCAGAAAGUCAGGAUGAGGAGGGACAGGUGAGACAGAGCCCAGCUGACCUGUUGGCCCAGAAGCAGAAGAUCCAGUCGGAGAUCCAGAACCUGGAGGACAUGUUGGGUCCCCGCAGCGCGUCUCUUGACGUGUCCAGCGAGGACAGCAGUGACUCCAGUGACAGGAGCGAGCCGGACCUGUCUCCGAGUGCGUCCUCGUGUCUCCAGCUGAACCUGGUCUACCAGCAGGUGGUCCAGGAGACGCUGGACCAGCUGGAGGCGCUGCUGGCCCACAACCGCAGGCAGCAGAGGGAGCUCACAGCCCAGAUGAACGGACCAAUCAGAGAGUCCACCAGAGAAGGUCCCCCCUCGUCCAAUCAGCAUCCAGCUAAGAUGUUCCUGGGAAGCUUCCUGAAACCAUACUUCAAGGACCGUCUGACGGGCCUGGGCCCUCCAGCCAAUCAGGAGGUGAAGCUGAAGGCUCAGAGGAUGAUGGGAUGUCCAGAAGACAAGAAGCUGAAAUUGAAAAGAUGGGAGAGCUGGCAGAAGACGCUGCUGGUCCACUCAGUGACUAGAGACCACCUGAAGAGACUGAUGCUGCCCAAACUGUCCAGGCUGGACUUCCUGACCUCCAAGUUUUCCUCGGCUCAGGGAGCCGACAGACAGCAGCUGACUGAGCAGAUCAACGACCUGGAGAAAGACCUGCAGCUGCUGAGGAUGAAGAGAGAGGAGGAGCUUACUGGUGAUCGCUACGAAGAACACGACUGGCAGAAGAUCUCCAACAUCGACUUUGAAGGGACGAAGGACGCAGAGGACAUCCGUCUGUUCUGGCAGAACGUCCUCCACCCGUCCAUCAACAAGACGGCCUGGAGCAGCGAGGAGGUCCAGAGACUGAGCGCCACCUGCAGGAGACACGAGGACAGACACUGGGACUCGAUCGCCCAGGAGCUGGGGACGGGCAGGACGGCCUUCAUGUGUCUCCAGAUGUUCCAGCGUUUCGUCUCCGACUCUCUGAAACGCAGCAGCUGGACGGCGGAGGAAGACGAGCAGCUGAGAGAGCUGGUCCAGAAGAUGAGGAUCGGGAACUUCAUCCCGUACACGCAGAUCAGUUACUUCAUGGAGGGUCGUGAUCCGACUCAACUCGUCUACAGGUGGAACCAGGUUCUGGACCCGAGCCUGAAGAGAGGCUCGUGGACCGAGCAGGAGGACCGGCUCCUGCUGCAGGCUGUGGCUCGUCACGGCGAGAAGUGUUGGUGGAAGGUCCGGUUGGAAGUUCCUGGACGCACCGAUGGAGCCUGCAGAGACAGGUAUCUGGACUGUCUGAAGAAGAACAUAAAGAAAGGUCCGUUUGAGAGACAUGAGGUGGAGCUGCUGGAGCAGCUGGUGAAGAAACAUGGAGUUGGUCGCUGGGCCAAGAUCGCCGCAGAGAUCCCUCAUCGCCUCGAUGCUCAGUGUCUGAGAGAGUGGAGGAAGCUGGUGCGAGAACCUGCUCAGGACAGAAGGAAAACCAGGAAGACCUGCAAGACAGGAGGAAGAGGAAGAGGAGGAAGAGGGCGGGGUGCUGGAGGUUUCAAUGUUAGCAUCAGGAGAGGAAUAUUGAAGAUGAAGGAGGAAGAAGAGGUGCAGGUAACUGAGGAGGAGGAUGAUGAUGAGGAUGAGGUGGUGCAGUACAUGGACAGUGAUGAAGACUGUAAUAAGAAGAGGAAGAGGAGCAUGGAGGAAGAGGAGGAAGAGGAGUACAUCCUGCCGCCGAUGGAGGAGUGGCUUCCAGCUGAGGUGAAGCAAAGCUCCACCUCCCUGAGCUUCACGCUGGUGGAGCUCCCUUCCUCCGGCGAGGCUCCGGACCGAACCGCGGUCCGCUCCACCGUGCUGGGUCGGCCCGGGCCCUCCGUCGUCAUCGGGGCUCCGCCCAGAGAGCUGUCCUGGGAGGAGCGCCGCAGCUCCUCCGCCGUGCCGAUGGCGUCCCGGGAGGCGCUGCGUCUCCACCUGAGCGCCCUGAAGCAGAAGGUCGGCUCCGUUCCCCAGCCGGGGCGGCGGCCGCGCCCGCAGGCCCAGGAGCUGAGGUACGAGCUGCAGGUCGCCGUCACGCCGUGGAUCGGGAACCUGCUGAUCCCAAAGAGCCAGAAACGGAGCGCCACAGAUGCGCUGAGGGAGGCAGGAGAGAGGAGCGGCGUCUCCACCUCCUCCGCCUUCACGCUGCUCCUCCAGGCCAUGAACGUAGACACGCUGGGCUGCCGGCAGAUGAUCGAGGAGAGGAAGAGGAAGGUGGACCUGCAGGCCCCGCCCCACGCCCGGGGGCCCAAACGGGUCUCAGAGCUCCUCGCCAACAGGAAGAGGAGGAGCCAAGAGGAGGAGGAGGACCAGCGGCGAGUCUUGCUGCAGGAGAAACGCAUCCUGCAGGCUCCGCCCAUCCUGCAGGCUCCGCCCCAGCACCCUUCUAGCAGAUAUCCUCAGAUGUUUCCUCGUAGUCUCCUAGUCCCUGCUGCCUCCAUCUACUUUGUUCCUUCUGGAGCUCCACCUGCUCCACCUGCUCCACCUGCUCCUCCUGCUCCUGUGCUCCCAAACCCCGAACCAUCCUGCACCUCCUCCUCAGUGGUUCCAGUUGGCUCCAGUCUGACCAGUAGCCUUGCUCCAGGAAGUCCAGCAGAGCUGAAGGAUGUGGGCGGAGCCAGUGAUGGAGCAGCUGGGUCUCGUAGUGAUGUGGGCGGAGCUAAAGCAGGUGUGGCGUGGACAGGUGAUGAAGGAGCAAAGAACGGAGCGGAUCUGGAGUCUGGACCCAUGGAUUCAGCAGGUUCUCCAGAACCGGACCGGACCCAGAACUCAGACGGUCCUGCAGCAGUUAGCUCCUCCUCCUCACCUCUGACCUCUGCUCCACCUUAUUGCCCCGUUCAGACCCCGCCCACCUCCACAGACGCCGCCGUCCGUCAGAGUGGGGGCAGGAAGAGGGGGCUGGCGGAGGCGGGCGGCGCCGGGCCGGUCCAGGAGGGGAAGAGAACCAGGAGGCCGACCCUGAAGAUCCGGGAGUCCAAGGAGCUCCAGGCUACAAAGAAGAGAAGCUCCGCCUCCUCUAAGCAGAAACAUGUUGGCAGGGCCCAAUCAAAGGGAAGCAGUGCCACAGAGGCCCCGCCCCUCUCUCAGGUCACUGGUCUCCAUUUCCUUCCUAACCGGUCCAUUUGGGUCAUGACCCCUGGUCCGGUCCCUGUGGCUCAGGCUCCGCCCCCAGCCCUGCAGGUGGGGCUCUUACCCAGAGGCCCUCCCCUAACGUCUGAAGCCCCGCCCCCUCUGACGGCAGGACGGUCCUCGGUGACCCCAGCUGACCUUCGUGACCUCCAGCUCUUACCUGUUCCCACCUGUAGAUUUAAGCCCCUCCUCCCAGCCGUCAUCCAGUCACCUGAUCCUAGGCCGACCGGCUGGCCCCGCCCCCACUUGCUGCUGGCCUAUCAGGGAGCGGCGGGGAGGCAGACGGUGGGCCCGACCGGCCCCCCCCUCCCGACGGCGGGCCUGCACUUUGACCCCACCCUGAUGUUUCUGGAGCCCCCGGAGGAGGUUCACGAUUGGCUGAGAGGGAGAGGGGGCGUGGUCGUACCUGGAGCGAGGUGCGCCCUCCCCUACCUGCCGCCAUCUGUCAGCAGUCUGAGCGCGCUCAGUGGCCUCCUGCGGGCGAAGGCGUCAGUGACGGCGUCGGCUCUGCAGCUGAUGGCGGACGGCCGCCGCCCCAAUGACCACGCCUACUGCGUCUCAGGCGAGCCGCCAGGGCGGCAGGAGGAGCUGCAGGCCGUCCGCCAGCUGGUGGCGCAGCGCUUCUCCACAAACCCCGCCCACCAGCUGCUGAAGGCCCGCUUCCUGUCCCUGUUCACGCUGCCGGCGCUGCUGGCCACCGUGCAGCCAAUCAGCAGGAAGAAGCCAUCCUGUCCGACCAAUCAGGAGGAGGAAGAGGAAGAGGAGGAGGAGGAGGAGGAGGAGCUGAAACAAAUCCAGGAGAGACAAAGGAGGAGGAGGAGAGUCCUGACCGGAGCUGCUGUUCCCUAAGCGACCACCAGGCGGCAGUGUUUCACCUCUGAGCCGGUUCUGCUCCGUUCCGGACUGGAACCGGAAUGAGAACCGGAACCAGAACCGGUUCUGACCUCAUCUUGUUUGUCCUGCCGGCUGUCGACUCCGCAGCUUCGGCCAAUCACCUCUCAGGGAUCCAGUGCCAACCCAGACCCGGUUCUACGGAACCAGUUCAUGCAAGCUGACCCAAACCAGACGGUCAAACCAAGGCCAGUCUGAAACCGGUUCAGAUCCAAGUCCAGCGGUCCAGAACCAGUUCAUGGAGACUGGAGCAGAUGGACAGUUAGUUCUUCCACCUGGAGACGAUCAGAACCAGGAAACGACUGAGAGACGAAACUGAACUUUAUUAGUUACUUUACUAGUACAACGCGGUGCGUUCAGGGGCCGCGGUGCGUUCAGGGGCCGCGGUGCGUUCAGGGGCCGCGGUGCGUUCAGGAACGAUGGCUACAAUGUUGCACUAAAACAUGUUUUGAAGUUGCUGCUUGUAAAUGUUUUUGUUUUUGUAAAAUAAUUUCCUAAUAAAAAAUGUUUCUGAUUUCA